AUGGAUCUCGUCAACCACUUGGAAGGCCGCCUUCUCUUCGCCGUGCCCAAAAAAGGACGUCUGCAACAAGCAACCCUCGACCUCCUUGCCGGCUGUGAUGUUCAGUUCCGCCGCGAAACCCGCCUUGACAUUGCCCUGGUCAAGAACCUGUCCAUCGCGCUGAUCUUCCUGCCCGCCGCUGAUAUCCCCACCUUCGUUGGUGAGGGCCGUGUCGAUCUGGGCAUUACUGGCCGCGACCAGGUUGCCGAGCACGAUUCCACCCUGCCUGCCGGCGAGGUCUCCGGCGUUGAGGAGAUCCUUGAUCUCGGCUUCGGCGCCUGCAAGCUUCAGGUGCAGGUCCCCGAGAAGGGCGAUCUGAAGGAGGCCAAGGACCUCGUUGGCCGCAACGUCGUCACUAGCUUCACUGCUCUCACCGAGGCUUUCUUCCGUCAGCUUGAGGGUGCCGAGGCCGGCCAGAAGCUCUCCACCAAGAUCAAGUAUGUUGGUGGUAGUGUGGAGGCUGCUUGCGCUCUCGGAGUCGCGGAUGGCAUUGUUGAUCUCGUUGAGUCUGGUGAGACCAUGAAGGCUGCUGGCCUGAAGGCCAUUGACACCGUUGUCUCGAGCACUGCAGUGCUGGUUAAGUCCCGCAACUCCAACAGCGAUAUUCUGAACCUCCUCACUUCCCGUUUGCGCGGUGUUAUCACCGCCCAGAAGUUCGUCCUGUGCCAAUACAACAUCCCCCGUGGCCAGCUGUCUGUCGCGUCGAAGAUUACCCCCGGUAAGCGCGCGCCUACUAUCACCGCCCUUGAGGAGGAGGGUUGGGUUGCUGUCAGUGCUAUGGUAGAGAAGAAGCGCAUCGCCACCGUAAUGGAUGAGCUGACCGCCGCCGGCGCAAGUGAUAUCUUGGUCAUCAACAUUGCCAACUCACGGGCGGAUUAA